GCGUGCGGCGCGCAGGCGCGGCUGCUGGCGGUUGGGGCGAGCGGACGCACGGAGAGUCAGUCGCUCGCCGUCAUGUUCAGCUGGAUCGGCAAGGACGCGCGGCGCAAGAAGGAGCCCGAGCUCUUCCAGACGGUGAGCGACGGCCUGAAGCGCCUCUAUUCGCAGAAGCUGCUGCCGCUGGAGGAGACCUACCGCUUCCAUGACUUCCACUCGCCGGCGCUGGAGGACGCCGACUUUGACAACAAGCCGAUGGUGCUGCUCGUCGGCCAGUACUCGACCGGCAAGACCACCUUCAUCCGGCACCUCAUCGAGCAGGACUUCCCCGGCAUGCGCAUCGGACCCGAGCCCACCACCGACUCCUUCAUCGCCGUCAUGUACGGCGACCAGGACGGCGUGGUGCCCGGCAACGCGCUGGUCGUCGACCCCAAGAAACCCUUUCGCAAGCUCAACGCCUUCGGCAACGCCUUCCUCAACAGGUUCAACUGUGCACAGUUACCUAACCCAGUCCUAGAGAGCAUCAGCAUCAUCGACACCCCUGGCAUCUUGUCUGGAGAAAAGCAGCGAAUCAGCAGAGGCUACGACUUUGCGGCCGUCCUGGAGUGGUUUGCGGAGCGCGUCGACCGCAUCAUCCUGCUCUUCGACGCCCACAAGCUGGACAUCUCCGACGAGUUCUCAGAGGUGAUCAAGGCCAUGAAGAACCACGAGGACAAGAUCCGGGUGGUGCUGAACAAGGCCGACCAGAUCCACACGCAGCAGCUGAUGAGGGUCUACGGGGCCCUCAUGUGGUCCCUGGGCAAGAUCAUCAACACGCCCGAGGUGAUCCGGGUCUACAUCGGCUCCUUCUGGUCCCAGCCGCUCCUCAUCGCAGAGAACAGAAAACUCUUUGAGGCGGAGGAGCAGGAUUUGUUCAAGGACAUUCAGAGCCUGCCGAGGAACGCGGCCCUGAGGAAACUCAAUGACCUGAUCAAGAGGGCGCGGCUAGCCAAGGUACACGCCUACAUCAUUUCGUCUCUGAAGAAAGAAAUGCCAAGCGUUUUCGGCAAGGACAAUAAGAAGAAGGAACUCAUCAAUAGCCUGGGGGACAUUUAUCAGAAGAUUGAGCGGGAGCACCAGAUCUCGCCAGGAGACUUCCCAGGACUCAAAAAGAUGCAGGAGCACCUCCAGAUGAUGGACUUCACCAAAUUCCAGAGCCUGAAGCCCAAGCUGCUGGACAUGGUGGAUGACAUGCUGGCCAACGACAUCGCCCGGCUGAUGACCAUGGUGCGGCAGGAGGAGGCGGCAAUGCCCAAGCAGAUCGUCCACGGCGGCGCCUUCGACGGGACCAUGAACGGGCCGUUCGGCGCCGGCUACGGUGAGGGGGCCGGCGAGGGCAUCGACGAGCUGGAGUGGGUGGUGGCCAAGGACAAGCCCAGCUACGACGAGAUCUUCUACACCCUGUCGCCGGUCAACGGCAAGGUGACCGGCGCCAGCGCCAAGAAGGAGAUGGUCAAGUCCAAGCUGCCCAACACGGUGCUGGGCAAGAUCUGGAAGCUGGCGGAUGUGGACAAGGAUGGCAUGCUGGACGACGAGGAGUUCGCCCUCGCCAACCACCUGAUCAAGGUCAAACUGGAGGGCCACGAGCUCCCCAACGAACUGCCCGAUCACCUCGUCCCGCCGUCCAAACGGAGACACGAGUGACUCCUCCCCCCCCGCGACUUCUCCCACGCUCGCCCUCCCCACCUCCCGCCCCCUUGCACCACCCCCCCCCCCCCCGGAUCGGCGGGGCGGAUACCAAAGUGAUCAGGGUCCACCUCAGACCUCAGGCCGCGGGAUAUCCUCUCUUGAUUCUGUGCGCAAGCACUUCGGCGCGAAACAUGGCUGGUCUUCUGCUCCGGAGGUCUCUGCUGUAGGAGUGUGGAGGCUGAGCUCAUCUUCCCCCCUCCAGCCAGCUUCGAGCUCCCUUCCUCGUAAGGUCGCUGCGCUCUUGGUUCGGAUUGAAUGUUGAACGGGGACAGGGUAGAGGUAGGGGGGGGCGCGGGGGUGGUUUUAACUUUAAACGUCCACCAUUUUAGAUCCUGUGCACGUCCCACGCACCGCGAGCAAGCACCCUCACAGCAUGGCACUUAACGUCCCUCCUCGUCCCCACCCCUCUGAGACACAAGCACACCCCGUAACCCCAUCGCCCCUGCGCACUCCACUGAUUUUUAUCUCAAGAAAUCAAAGUUGCCACUCAGCGAUAGACAGAGUGAAGGGUCUUGCGUUUUACACCCCCUUCGUGAAGCUUUUAAAUUGAUGAGCCCCUGGCUUGGAAUCUUACCUUUUGCAGAUGGAAGGGGGGAGAUUUAUUUAGUAGGGAGGGGAGGUGUAGAGGCAGUACCCAUUGACCAGACCCCAGGAGAGGCUGACCUGUGUGGGGCUGUGGGAGGUGAUUUCCGCCCCUGUCCGUUCUAAUGGGAACCUGCAGAACAGCAGCACUUUAAAUCCCACCUCCUCCCCCCUCCCCAAGCCUAAACCGCGAGCGUAUCGAAUCAAAGACCAGGAUGGCUGGCUUCGAGAGGAGCUCACCUGGGAUGCGUGAACCUCUGCAAGAAUGUACAGUGUAUUCUGAGUGUGACGACUGUCUCCCACCCCACCCCCAUCCCAGG